AUGUUCAUGGAUUUGGAAGUUUAUUAUUACACUUUCAUCCUGAUGGCUCACAUGAAGUCUUGCUGCAGUUGGUCAGUGAAUAAUUUCCUGAUGACUGGCCCAAAGGCCUACUUGAUCUACUCCAGCAGCGUGGCCGCAGGAGCUCAGAGUGGUAUUGAAGAGUGCAAGUAUCAGUUUGUGUGGGACCGCUGGAACUGCCCAGAGAGGGCUCUUCAGCUCUCCACCCACAGUGGACUCAGAAGUGCAAACAGAGAGACAGCAUUUUUCCAUGCUAUAAGCUCUGCUGGAGUCAUGUACACCCUCACCAGGAAUUGCAGCCUCAGUGACUUUGACAACUGCGGGUGUGAUGACACCAGGAACGGCCAAAGAGGAGGCCAGGGAUGGCUAUGGGGAGGCUGCAGUGAUAACGUGGGAUUUGGAGAGGCAAUCUCCAAACAGUUUGUGGAUGCACUGGAAACUGGACAGGAUGCACGAGCUGCCAUGAACCUGCACAACAAUGAAGUAGGACGCAAGGCAGUAAAAGGAACCAUGCAGAGGACGUGCAAGUGCCAUGGAGUGUCUGGCAGCUGCACCACGCAGACCUGCUGGCUCCAGUUGCCAGAGUUUCGAGAGGUGGGCAACUACCUAAAGGAGAAAUAUCACAGGGCUCUGAAGGUGGACCUGCUGCGUGGCGCAGGUAACAGUGCGGCCAGUCGUGGAGCGAUUGCCGAGACAUUCAGCUCUAUCUCACGUAAAGAGCUGGUGCACUUGGAGGAUUCCCCUGACUACUGCUUGGCGAACCGCACUCUGGGUUUGCCAGGCACAGAGGGCCGUGAGUGCUUGAGGAAGGGCAAGAAUCUAAGCAAAUGGGAGAAGCGGAGCUGCAAGCGGCUAUGCGGAGACUGCGGCCUGGCUGUAGAGGAGCGCAGGGCUGAGACUGUAUCCAGCUGCAACUGCAAGUUCCACUGGUGUUGUGCUGUCAAAUGUGAGCAGUGCCGUAAAACUGUCACCAAGUACUACUGUGUUAAGAGGACCAAGAAUGAUAGUGCCAGCCGCAGGAAAAGCUAUCGAUUAAAGAAGAAGCAUUAGAGAUGUCCUGAACUGUUUG